AUGGCAUUGCUGUUUAGUGGGAUCUUGCUGUGCAUGCAUUGGCUCUUAUUUUAUUUCUCCCUUUGUAAACAAAAGGGGGAGAAUGAAUCGUCUCCUAAUUUUAAUCAGCAUGUGAGGGACCACGCCCGAAACAGUGACCAGCUGAGCCGACGCCAUAUCCGUGUCUACCAGUUGUACAGCCGCACCAGUGGGAAGCAUGUCCAGAUCCUCGGCAAGAGAAUCAACGCUACAGCAGAAGACGGGAGUAAGUACGCGAAAUUGCUGGUGGAGACGGACACAUUCGACAGCCGAGUGAGGAUUCGGGGAGCAGAGACCGGACACUACAUUUGCAUGAACCGAAGGGGAAAGCUUGUGGGAAAACUGGUUGGAAAGGGGAAGGACUGCAUCUUCACAGAAAUACUGCUGGAGAAUAACUACACAGCGCUGAGGAACACCAAAUACAGCGGGUGGUACAUGGCCUUCACCAGGAAAGGGCAGCCCAGGAAGGCCACAAAGACCAGGCAGAAUCAGAGAGAAGUCCACUUCAUGAAAAGACUCUUCAAAGGAGAGCCACUCUUUCCAAACUGGGACAGGCAAAGGCACUUUGAGUUUAUAAAUUACCCCAACACCAAAAGGACCCAGCGAACCCGCUUGCCCAGAAGGCACCGGACCUAG